AUUUUAUAUUUUAUAUAUUUAUGUUUUAAAAUAAGAAUAUCAUGUCAGGAAGUAUUGGUGUACCUAUUAAGGUUCUACAUGAAGCUGAAGGUCAUAUAGUAACUCUAGAAACAUUGACAGGGGAGGUGUAUCGUGGAAAACUACUUGAGGCAGAGGAUAAUAUGAAUUGUCAGCUCACACACAUUACUAUGACUGCAAGAGAUGGAAAAGUUGCUCAGCUAGAGCAAAUUUUUAUUAGGGGGAGUAAAAUUCGUUUUGUUAUUUUACCUGAUAUGCUGAAGAAUGCCCCUAUGUUUAAAAAAAUGCUUGUUUCACAAAAAAACACAGGUGUUGGUAGGGGAAAAUCUGCUCUUUUGAAAGCACAAGUUGCUGCUAGAGGUCGUGGAAGUGAUCGUGGCCGUGGUGGUCGAGGUUUUUUCCCAAGAAGGCGGUAACUCGUAUAAAGCAGCUUAAGAAUGGUAGAUUUCCAUUACAAACUAAAUCAUUACUAAAAAAACACCUUUGGAAAUCUAAGAAGUUGUUUCUAUCUAUUGGGAUUUACAUUGCUGUUAUGAAACAGUGUUGGUGAAAAAGGUUUAUGAAGAACUUUAAUUUUAUGAUUACCAAAUUUAUAUAUUUCAAGUGUACUUUCAACAAACAAUAUCAAAUUUCUUCAUUGCCUACCUAAAAAUGUAUAAUAUAAUACGUAUAAAUAUUAUAAUAAUAAUAACAAUAUUGUAAUUCUCCAGAACUGCUGGAUGUUAAAUGCAUGGAUUGGUUAAAUGCAUGGAUUGGUUAAAUGCAUGGAUUGGGUUCAUCUUAUGGCAUUUGCGAGUGUUGGUUUUUUUUCAUUCUUUAUUAUUUACUGUUAAUUCACAUAUUGCAAAUUUUGUAAUAUAUCAGCGAAAGGUCGUGUAGUAGGGUGUCUAAAAAAAAUAUCUUUUAUCAAUUUCUAA